GGGGGUCAAACUAGCUUGGUGCGCCCUGUGAGAAAAUGCAUGGAAAUCGAGGGAUGUAAAGGAAUUCGCCAGGACGUGUUACGUAACGUCAGUUAAGUUUCUCCAGUGUAGGGGGAAGCACGUUUCAUCCGCUUUUCCGAGUAUACAAUAAACAACAACAACGUGUUUACGGUCGUAAACAACACAACUUUUUGGACUUUGUCAACUUUACGAUUGAUUGAUUACUUAAACAAAAAUGGGUACACGGCCCGCAGCAGCCGGUGCUCGUGCCAAGAAACAGAACCAUGCGAACAUUCCGUGCCCCAUCGAGGACUGCGCACGCUUCACGUACGGAAAACUGCCCGACCACUUGACCAAGAUCCACGGUCUGACAGGUGCAGAAAGAGACGCACUCAAUGAGCAACAGAGAAAGAGAUUUUUCAACGGAGAACUCUGCCAAGUGCGCUAUUUGAAAGAAACGGCCAUCCGAGACCUUUGGGGCGCCGAUUACGACGAUCCCAGGAUUCGAGCAAAAAUACACCAGAGCUACGGGCUUGUAAAAAUUAGGAUAAUUCCAUUGGCUGCUUCCCAACGUGCUCGUCCUCUCACAGAACAGGACGCCAACGUUUUAACAGCGUACAACGCGAGGACUGCUCCUCGACCUGCCCGUGUUCAAAGAUCCAGAGCACGCCCAAGACCAUAUUCUAUACCCGAAGCUAGUCCUGUCGAAAGGCGAAUAUCGAGCGAGUCGAGUGAGGAAGAAAACCCGCGUAACUCCCUCCCGCCAUCACCUCCACCAUCUUCACCCUCCUUACCACCAUCUCCAGCACCGUACGAACUCCAACCAGUGGAAACACGCUUACGAGAUAUAUUCGAUUCCAAAAUCGAUGCAGGAUACAAAGCGGUUAUCGAUGAUAUGAAGAAAUCGAUGACAAUGGGGCGAACGCUCGGAACACGGAAACGCAAAGUUUACCGAACAUAUCGACGCUAUGCGAAACGGUUGAUUGCUUAUUUGCAUCGACAGCAUUCGCCGUUGGCCUACGAUGUGGACGUGCUUCUUUGUGGGGAGAGGCAAGUUUGCGCGUUCUUGGAAAGAAUCAGUAGCGAGCAUAAAACGAAAACUUUGCGGAACUACAUAGUGGCUGCGAUCAAAUUGCUCGAUUCUCGACUUUUUGCCAUUGAGACUGAUCCUGCAAGCAAAGAAAAAGUUGCCUCUAUGACGCGGGUGUACGAUGUUCUACAUGCACGGCUGAAUGCCUGCGAUAGGUUACUUGCUCAAAAAGAAACUGGCUGUGAAAAGGACACUCCUUUUGACAGCGGCGCAAUGGAACAAAGUUUCAACGGAAGUUACGACGACCUAGUGUAAAUAAGUGACACUAACAAUCACUAAUUUUUGUCGUGUUUUAGCGUCGAACUGUAUUAAAAAUACGUUGUAAAUUUUAUUCUAGUAAAUGUAGUUUUUUAAUAAUAUUGCACAACAAUAGAAAUUAUUGAUAAAAAUCUCUGUGUCCGUGACUCUAUUUUGGGCUCUACAAAUUUUAAGUGGUGGGACCAGAAUAGAGUAGACCUAUACCUAUCUACAUAUUACUUUAGAAUACAGUAGAUUGAUUAUUCAUCA